UCGUUGAAUCGACUUGACUUCAUCAUCAGCUUAGAGAGAGGCCAAGUUCUCUGGAUCGAGGUUGGGCAUUUGCCCACGUCAGCGAUCGAAGAACUGCCUACCUACCUGACUUUGACAAUUGAUUGACAGUGGACAGUUUGCCUGUCAGGCCCAGCCCCUCCCACCCUCCGGGUUGAUUCACCAUGGGCCUGUGUAAAUGUUCCAAGAGGAAAGUGACCAAUCAGUUUUGCUUCGAGCAUCGGGUCAAUGUGUGUGAAAAUUGCAUGAUUCAGAAGCACCCCAAGUGCGUGGUGCAAAGCUACCUGAAAUGGCUCGAGGAUAGCGAUUACAACCCUCAUUGCCAGUUCUGCUCCCAGGAUCUGGCCGAUGAACCGUGUGUCAGAUUGAUUUGCUAUCACGUAUUCCAUUGGGUUUGUCUGGAUAAGUACGCCCGCAGUCUACCUGAGGACACAGCACCCGCGGGGUACACCUGCCCUACUUGUCAAGAUUGCCUCUUUCCGCCCGAAAAUUUGGUCUCGCCAGUGGCCGAAACCUUGCGAGAAGUGCUAAAAGACGUCAAUUGGGCUCGAGCCGGAUUAGGUUUGCCUCUCUUGGAAGCUCAUGUGGAGAAAAGGCCCGCUUUCAACGUCCCUGAUGGACCGCGUCCCACGCCUGAGGGUCAAAUGGCCGCCCAUUCGGACGGACAUCCCUCUACAUCAUCUUCCUCCGGAGUGUCCGAACGCGUCGGGGUGCACCACACGUCCAGCAGUAAAAAAGAUCAAGUCAUCGACUUGGAUGGAUCCCGGGGUGGGAUAGACUUGGGUGCCUUAAGUUCCUCCCCUUUGCUUCGGGACCCGGAUAUUGAUGACAAUAAAUAUAAGCGGAAAUCGGCCGUGGAGAUGUUCACCCGGUGGUGGCGUACUCUGAUGGGUCCGUCUGCUCGACGCAGGACCAGCAAGAUGCAACGCUAUCUCAUGAUCAUGAUAAUUUUAUUCCUCGUCUUCAUGACCUUUUUGGCCGUGAUGUCGUAUUUGUCUCGACGAGCUGGAAACGAAGACCCGAUGCUGGAGCCCAUGAAUAAUCCGAACAUUCAUGUAGGCAUUGAAAGUUAGUCUGGCACGUCGUGUUAGGCUACCCGUUUGACCACGAGUGACAAUGUUUGGAGUUUCCAAGCCGGCUCUUUUUCUAUGGACGUUAUCACUAAGAUUUAUUUUUCUUGCGUUUUCUGAAAU